CUCUCAAAUUUAGGGUUUUGGCAGAAUACAAGAAAGGACCUCUGAGAUGGCAAAGUACAAUGUGGUGCUGAAGAGGAAGAGAGCGGAGAAAGCAGAGAGAAAGAGAUCGAGACAUGGAGACCCAAAAACCGCGAAGCUCAAGAACAAGCCUCAGAAUCUGUCUGUCUCGGGCAAGCGCCAACGCAAACUCUUCAAGAAAUGGCGCAGAGACCAAAAGGAGGCUGUGGGGAGUGGUCUUGUGAGUAUGCAAGAUGUGGAGAUGGCUGUUGGUGAAGGUACAUCAGCAGACGCCAACAAAACACCAACGAAAUUUCAUAUGAAAAAGGGUUUGAAGCUUAAACACUUAAAGCGUAAAGGUAAAAAAGGCAAAAGCUCCUCAAAACCAGCGACUGCCGCAACGUCAGUGGAUUCCAUGGUAGAAUAAUUAUAAACAAAUUAAUUAUUCAAAUCCUUGUAUUUUGUUUUAGAUAGUUGCUGCAUAACUCAAGUCAGUUGUAUUUCAAUGCAUUGGAUUUGCUUGUUCUUUUGUUGAUGAAUUGUUCUCCAUAUGUGGAAUAUUGAGGAAAACCAGAAAAAAGAAAAAGAAAAGAGAAAAUUUGAAGUACAAAAUUGUAAAUAGAUUGUGUGGUCUUCCA